AUGUUCUUGCAAAUCGGAAUAUCUCAUGUGGAUGUCGUAGAAUCCAACGGCAAAUCUAAUGCACCCCAGUCAACCACAAAUCCUCUCCAAUCAGCAGAUAAUUUUCCAGACCCAGAUUUAUUCGUCUUCGCAUUCCAGGAACUCGACUUGUCUACAGAGGCUUUGCUCUACUCUACGAAGACGGCCCGCGAGGAGGCAUGGACGAUGGCUUUGACUGCGGCUCUCGGAGAGAAAGGAGAGCUGUAUGAAAAGCUGGCCUCCAAGCAGCUAGUUGGCAUGCUCAUCAUCAUCCUUGUCAAGAAGAAUCUUCCUGGUCACUUCUCGGAUAUCAAGUCUAGCAUCGUUGGAGCUGGCAUCAUGGGCCUCAUGGGUAACAAGGGCGCAGUAUCCGUCCGCCUGACUUAUCACCCUCCACCGACCGUGGACUCGCCCUCUCCUCUACCCACAGCUCUAACGUUUGUCAAUUCUCAUCUAGCAGCAUUUGAAGAAAUGCUGGACAGGCGGAAUGCAGACUUUCACGACCUCUCGCGCCGCCUAAGCUUCCCAUUAACCCCACAGUACGUCUCUCCUACGCAGAAUGGAGUCGGCGCGCUCAGCGUGUAUCAUUCUGACGUUCUGAUUUGGAUGGUGAGCGCACUUCGAUCUCUUUCUCACCUCAAUUAUCGAAUCAAUCUUCCUGAUGAGGAUGUCAGAACAACACUUGUCUCUGAACCCAGUGCAAUUUCUACCAUGGCAUCGUUUGACCAGCUCAGCCAGUCGAUGCGUACAAAGAAAGCCUUUAAUGGCUUUACCGAACAUCCCAUCCAUUUCGCUCCAACAUACCGAUUUAACGCUAGCUUGAUGACUGACGGCCUCGGAUACGAUAUGAAACGCAAGCCAGCAUGGACGGACCGUAUCCUUUACAUGUCCUCUUCGUUCACCACUGUCGAACAAACUUCGUAUACCAGCCAUCCGCAGAUCACGAUGAGCGAUCACAAGCCCGUUUCCGCGGAUUUUGAAGUCGAGAUGCCCUUUGUCGAUUGUCUGGAGUUAGACUCCACCGCCAACGAACUGUUUACAUCCGUUGCAAAUCUUGAUCUCGAAGACCUCUCUGAAGUUCCGUCAAUGAAGCUAGCUGAUUCCUCAGUCGACUUCGGCACCGUUUCCUACGAUCGUGCGGUUACUCGGACACUGAGUCUUCAAAACACAAGCAAGAUCCCGAGCGCAUUCCGGUUUUACUCCCGGGAGCCUUCCCGGCCGACGCAUCCCGGUUGGCUUCGAAUUGAGCCAAUGACAGGCUUCCUUCUCCCGUCCGAACAAAUUGAAAUCACGUUCACAGUGCAUGUCACCCGCACAACCGCGUUCCAGCUUAACAUCCGCGCAGAACACCUGCAGAGCAUCUCAAUCUUGCACACGCUACUCGGGAAGGACCACUUCGUUUCGUUACACGGACAGUAUGAGCCAACUUGUUUUGCCACCGCACUAUCCAUGCUCACACGCCUUCCGGGACCGAUCCGUACACUUCAGAGUCCUGCAGAUCUUCUUCCGGCCUCGCAGGUACUCAGCGCCCCUCGCGAGAUCAUGCGGCUCGUGAAUUGGCUAAUGAGUCACGAUAUCGAGACAAUAAAUGAGGUCUUUCUGGUUCCAGGGGAUCAGGACCUCAUGGCUUCUAUACGCGAAUGCCUUGACACUAAUGCCGAGUUCCCUGAAAGACCAGCUGGAAGUGAGACGAAGGACAGCACAUCUCUGCCCACCGAACUCGCACAUGCUGUUGCCAACACCUUACUCGCCCUCCUUGAGUCUCUCCCUGAACCUGUUAUUCCACCGGCGUUGCAUCCACGCUGCACGGCGGCGACAAACCGGGAUGAAGCAUUCGAGAUUCUCGACGUGCUCCCCGCGGUGUCCGUUAACGUGUGGAUAUCCGUCACCGCGCUGCUACACUUCCUUUCUGCCCACGAACCUCCGCCACCCAACCUUGAUAACGCCUUAUCCAAGUCAUCGACAGCGCCUUCCGUUCCCGUUAUGCCUUCUGAUCCUUUCGCUGCCGACCUUCGCCCGUCCCGUGCUGCACGCCUCGCGUCCGCAUUUGCUCCUGCCCUCUUGCGCUCCCCCUCUUCGGACUCCCAUCUGACACAGACCGCAGACCCGGUGUCGCCACUCGCUAAACAGCGUUUCCUAAUGUAUUUUAUCGCCCCGUGA